ACAGUGCUUAUCAACUUGCUUACCUUUGUCCUGUUUCAUAACAAUUUAACGAUAUGCUGUCUCUUUCAGAUGAAGUCUAUCGCCCUUGUCUUGCUUGGCGUGGCUUUAGCCACAUGCAGUCCGGCCACUAAUGAACGAUGGAUUGAAUUCAAGAAAGCCUACGGCAAAACUUAUGCAUCUUUGGAGGAGGAGCGUUACAGAGAAUCCGUCCACGAUCAGAAUCAGAAAUUCAUCGACGAUCACAACGCUAAAUACGAUCAAGGCCUGGAGACUUUCAGCCUCAAGAUGAACCAGUUUGGAGAUAUGACACAGGAUGAAAUCGUGUCGACGAUGAAUGGUCUGCAGACGCGGGAAGGAUCCUCCACUAAGACAUUCAGUUACGAUUCCGAUGAACCUUUGACUGAAACCGUUGACUGGAGGCUGAAAGGAGCCGUUACGGCGGUCAAGGAUCAAAAACAGUGUGGAUCCUGCUGGGCUUUCUCUACGACUGGGUCAUUGGAAGGUCAGCAGUUCCUGAAGACAGGCAUGCUAGUUAGCCUCUCGGAGCAAAACCUGGUCGACUGCUCCUCGGAUUUCGGCAACCUAGGAUGCUUUGGAGGCCUGAUGGAUAACGCAUUCAAGUACAUCAAAGCCAACAAGGGCAUUGACACGGAGGAGUCCUAUCCAUACGAAGCAAAGGAUGGCAAAUGUCGUUUCGACCCAGCUAAAGUAGGAGCGACUGACACAGGAUUCGUAGACCUCCCAAAAGGAAAUGAGUCUGCCUUACAGAACGCCGUUGCAAAGAUUGGUCCCAUCAGUGUUGGAAUAGACGCUUCCAGGUCCUCAUUCCACUUCUAUCAUUCAGGAGUGUACAGCGACAACGACUGUUCUUCCACACAACUCGACCACGGCGUCUUGGCCAUAGGCUAUGGAACUGAUGAGAAGGGCGGAGAUUUCUGGAUCGUCAAGAAUUCCUGGAACCAAACCUGGGGCGAAGAGGGAUACAUCAGAAUGUCAAGGAACAACAAGAACAACUGCGGAAUUGCCACUCAGGCUUCGUACCCACUAGUGUGAGGUAUUGCUUCUUGACAUCAUGCCUACUGAAGUUAUAUACGUAUUGCUUCUCGCACAUCAUAACCAUAAGUUUAAAGAAUGCUACUAAUACUUCAUGCAACGUAAAAGCACCAUACAAACAAACAAACAAAUACUUCAUGCACACUGAUGUAAGAGUUUUUUUUUUUUUUCUUAAAUGCCAUGCCCUCUGCUGUGCGGUAUUGUUUCUGAAAUAUUACCCAGACUUACAUAAAACUUACACAUUUACAAUAUUAUAAUGAAGGCGUCUAGAUUUAUUCGCAUGCUGAAUAUAUAUAUAU